ACUCCCCUCCUCCUUACAUCUGUUUGUCAAAACACGCGAUCCACCCUCAAUGCUGCCGGCCGGAUACCGGCUGAAUGAUCCACCUCCGGGAUACCGGGCAGAUCCCGGGAGGAAUCGUCAUUUCCUGGGUGGGAGAUGGCGUCUGGUGCAGUGAGGGACAAAGAAGGAGAGGAAAAUUCACCCUGAGGCUGAAAGUGUAGCUGCCUCCAUGGAUCGGGCAUUCCGUGUACACUGCUGUAACACUAGUACCCUUCACUUGUGGCAAAAAGAGACAAACCACAGAUAGCACCCGCUCCACAACAAGGUGAGCCAUGAUUCCAGUCACGGAACUGCGAUACUUUGCUGAUACCCAACCGGCUUAUCGUAUCCUGAAGCCAUGGUGGGAUGUCUUUACAGACUAUAUCUCCAUUGUCAUGCUAAUGAUAGCGGUGUUCGGAGGCACCCUUCAAGUCACGCAAGACAAGAUGAUUUGCCUCCCUUGCAAGUGGGUGACUAAAGACGGCUGCUACGAUUCAUCUGAGGCCUGGACCCCCAUUGAUUCCCAAUAUCCUAACUCCAGCAUUACACCUGCAUUUGAGCCCACAGGCAUUAAAUAUGAUUUGGACAGACAUCAGUACAACUAUGUGGAUGCUGUCUGCUAUGAGAACAGAUUACACUGGUUUGCCAAGUACUUUCCCUACCUCGUAUUGCUGCACACUUUAAUAUUUUUGGCUUGCAGCAACUUCUGGUUCAAAUUUCCCCGUACCAGCUCUAAGCUAGAACAUUUUGUAUCCAUACUUCUAAAGUGUUUUGACUCCCCAUGGACUACACGAGCUCUGUCUGAAACUGUUGUCGAGGAGAGUGACCCCAAACCUACAGCUGGCAAAAUGAAUGGUUCUAUGGACAAGAAGUCAUCUACUGCCAGUGAAGACGUGGAGGCCAACCUCCCCAUGCUCCAGAGAAGCAAAUCUAGAGUGGAGCAGGGAAUUGUGGACAGAUCGGAGACGGGUGUUCUUGACAAAAAAGAGGGAGAGCAGGCAAAGGCAUUAUUUGAGAAGGUAAAAAAGUUCAGAACACACGUGGAAGAAGGUGAUAUAGUAUACAGACUGUACAUGCGUCAGACAAUUAUUAAAGUCAUUAAGUUUAUAGGAAUUCUCUGUUACACUGUUUACUAUGUUAACAGUAUUACUUUUGAUUUGGAUUGCAAGGUCGACAUUCAGAGUCUCACUGGGUAUCAAAUGUACAGAUGUGCUCACCCACUAGCAACACUCUUCAAAAUCCUGGCUUCUUUCUACAUUAGUUUAGUAGGCUUCUAUGGCUUGGUAUCUGUGUACACACUGUGGUGGAUGCUGAGACGCUCCUUGAAAAAAUAUUCCUUUGAGUCUAUCAGAGAAGAGAGCAGUUACAGUGACAUUCCAGAUGUAAAGAAUGACUUUGCUUUCAUGUUGCAUCUCAUUGAUCAGUAUGAUCCAUUGUACUCCAAACGCUUUGCUGUCUUCUUGUCCGAGGUCAGUGAGAACAAGCUUCGUCAGCUGAAUCUCAACCAUGAAUGGACGUUGGAAAAGCUUCGUCAACGCAUUACCAAAAAUUCUCAGGACAAGCUAGAGCUUCAUCUCUUCAUGCUCAGUGGAAUACCUGACACUGUAUUUGACCUGGUUGAGCUGGAGGUGCUAAAACUGGAGCUCAUUCCAGAUGUCACAAUCCCUCCAAGUAUUGCCCAGCUCACUGACUUGAAAGAGCUGUGGCUGUACCACACAGCUGCUAGAAUUGAGGCUCCAGCCUUGGCCUUCCUUAGAGAGAAUCUAAAAUCGUUGCACAUCAAAUUCACGGAUAUCAAAGAGAUCCCGUUGUGGAUUUAUAGCUUAAAAACGCUCGAAGAGCUGCAUUUGACAGGUAAUUUAAGCGCAGAGAACAACAGGUACAUUGUUAUUGAUGGCCUCCGUGAAUUAAAAAGGCUAAAAGUGCUGAGGCUGAAGAGCAACCUCACAAAGUUACCCCAAGUGGUGACUGAUGUGGGUGUUCACCUUCAAAAGCUGUCCAUUAACAAUGAGGGUACCAAGUUGCUGGUCCUCAACAGCCUUAAAAAGAUGGUGCAUCUAACAGAGCUGGAGUUAGUACGAUGUGACCUGGAGAGGAUCCCCCAUGCUAUUUUUAGCCUCCACAAUCUACAGGAGAUUGACUUGAAGGAUAAUAAUUUGAAUACCAUUGAGGAGAUUAUAAGCUUACAGCACCUUCACCGUCUCACCUGUUUGAAGCUCUGGUAUAAUCACAUUUCCUACAUACCCAUUCACAUUGGCAGUCUGAUCAGCCUAGAGCGGCUGUAUCUAAAUCGCAACAAGAUAGACAAAAUUCCAGCCCAGCUGUGCUAUUGUCGCCGGCUCCGGUAUUUGGACCUGAGCCACAAUGACCUAAGUAACAUCCCACCUGAAAUAGGACAACUGCAGAACCUUCAGUACUUUGCCGUCACUGCCAAUCACAUUGAGAAGCUGCCGCCUGAAUUAUUUCAGUGUAAGAAGUUGAGGACCCUCAACCUUGGGAACAACACACUAAAUUCUCUACCAUCAAGAGUCGGAGAGCUCACUAACUUAACGCAGCUAGAGCUCCGUGGUAAUCGCCUGGAGUGUCUGCCCGUGGAGCUGGGGGAGUGUCACCUCCUGAAGCGCAGUGGGCUGGUGGUAGAAGAGGAAUUAUUUAAUACCCUCCCUCUGGAAGUCAAGGAGAAGUUAGCAAGGGCAGACAAAGAGCAGAUCUGAGCUUCAUUUUCAGAUACAUCCUGGGAAUAAAACGAAAAGCAGUAGCGACGUUUCAAAUGUUGGUAAGGUGCAUGAAGAGGAUCCGGAUUUAUGAGGAUUAUGCAAUUAUGAACUGCCACAAAGAACAAGUCGGAACACUAUUUUUUAUUGAGACUUACUGAUCGUCCAUUCUGGAAUGUUAAAAGGGGUGAGAGGUCUGCACAUUCUGUGCUUGCCAGCUGUGCACAAUAAAUAUAUAACUAAACCCUCUAAAAUGUUACAUGGAGCUUAGAACAAUCCCAGUUUUGGUCCUUAGACCCGCAAUCUGUUACAGGGUGUGUAUGUAUGCUGAUGAUCCCUGGAUUAAAGGAAGGACCCCUCCUAUUCCUGUUUGUGUACAGGAGGAUACAUUGCUAGCUUUGCUUGGGACAUCCACUUUUAGUUAUAGUCAUAAAUAUUCAUCCUGUACUUCCUCCUGCACUGCCUAAAAAUAGCAGGAGUAUAGAUGCUUCAGUUUCAUCUGUAGCUUGCUUGCUAAUCCUUUUAUCAAUGUGCAGUUUCUCCAGCUGGUUCCAGACUACAGCUUCCAUCAUUCCAAGGAAGGCUGAGAUUGAUGAGAGUUGUAGCUCACGCUGGCUCUCAUGGUACAAACCGGGAAAGUCUUAAGUUGUUUUCUUUUUUUUUUUUUUUUUUUGUAAUAAAAGUUUUUAAGGCCUAAAUAUUUUGCAUGCAGCUUAAAAAGGUGAAGAGCGGGGGGAGAUCUUGGUAAACACUGGCAGCGACCUGGUUAGCUAUGCAUCCUGGGAGGACAAUGCUAUCCUUUUACUGUUGCAGAGUCUUAUCACAACUUUCCUAUCUCCCCACGAGAUGGUGUAAUACCCUCUAUUACUUCUCUACUACACUGGUGAUGUUGCCAAAUAUGCAGAAAAACAAACCAUUUUACUAAAGUGUCCUAUAAAGUAUUGUACUGGUUGGACAAAUAUAGUGUCUGUGUGUGUAUACGUAUGUAUGUACACAUAUACACAAACACUGUUUUAAAAAUUGUUGCCUUUUUUAAAUGAAAUUUGUGUACACAUUUUUUAUUUAUUUUAAAUUUGUUUUUAUAUAUUUUUUUCCUGUAUUGGACAUAUAAUAGUGAGAUUUCCCCUUCUCUCUCUUUAUAGGAAACCCUUUUCUUUUUCUUUUAACUUUUAUAUUAUUAGUACUGAUAAUAAGCACAUGAAUUAGUCUUGUGCAUUUUUCUGUAAUAAAAACAUGUAAGUGAAAGGAUCACUAUAGGGUCAGGAACACAAACAUGUAUUCCUGACCCUUUAGUGUUAAAACCACCCUCUAUCCCCCCUGGGCCCUGGCCAAUCAGCAUCUCCUCAUAGAGAUUAAUUGAAUCAAUGAAU